ACUAUUUACCAAUAAAAACUGUUUUUGGCGCCAACACCUUUUUCCUGUUCUUCAACUCUUUUAACCUUCAAUCUGCAACAAUGGCGGAUAAUUCUUCAGCAAAGGUUGUGCUUCUACAUGGCGAUCUAGAUCUCGAAAUAAUCGAAGCUAAAAACCUACCUAACAUGGACGUCGUCACGGGCCACAUCCUCCGUUGCGUCUCCUUCGAUCCCUGUCCCGAAGACACGCCUGUCGCCGGCUCCAGCGACCUGAAACUCCGCUCCAGCGGCCGCAAAAUCAUCGCUAGCGAUCCGUAUGUCAAAGUAUCGGUGCCACAAGCAGCCGUAGCGCGUACACGCGUGCUGAAGAACAACAAAAACCCUCAAUGGAACGAACGGUUCAACAUUCCGUUAGCUCACGAAUUCGCACACUUAGAAUUCGAAGUAAAGGAUGAUGACAUUUUCGGAGCGGAUCUGUUAGGAAAGGUUCAGAUUCCGGCAGAGGAAAUCGCCAUUGGAAAUGAAAUAUCCGGCUGGUUUGAGUUGAAAAACUCGCGAAAGGACGCAUCGUUGAGGCUCAAAAUGAUGUUUACACCAUGUGAACAAAAUUCGAUUUACCGGAAUGGGAUUGCUGGAGAUCCGGAACAGAAAGGGGUUCGGAAUGCAUACUUUCCUGUGAGGAAAGGUUCGCGGGUGACGUUGUAUCAGGAUGCUCAUGUUAGAGAGAUGCCGGAAAUUCGAUUGGAUGGGGGUAGGGUUUAUGAGCAUGGUACAUGUUGGGAAGAUAUAUGUCAUGCUAUAUCAUCAGCUCACCAUAUGAUAUAUAUAGUUGGUUGGUCUAUUUUUCACAAGGUUAAACUGAUCAGAGAGCCGACGCGAACACAGCCGAGGGGCUGGGAGAAGACGCUCGGCGAUUUGCUUAAGUAUAAGUCGGAGGAAGGGGUUAGGGUUUUGUUGCUGGUUUGGGAUGAUAAAACUUCUCAUAGUACGCUCUUUGGUAACACAACUGGAGUAAUGCAAACUCAUGAUGAAGAAACCAAAAAGUUUUUCAAGCAUUCAUCUGUAAAAUGUGUGCUUUCACCUCGUUAUGGAAGCGGUAAACUUGGCCUUUUUAAACAGCAGGUUGUCGGAGGUGCUUUUACACACCAUCAAAAAUGUGUACUUGUGGAUACACAAGCAGACGGUAACAAUAGAAAGAUUACAGCUUUUAUAGGCGGCCUUGAUCUCUGCGAUGGUCGCUAUGACACACCCGAGCAUAGGUUGUUUCAUGAUCUCGACACUGUAUUCAAGGAGGACGUUCACCAACCUACAUUCCCCGCGGGAACAAAGGCCCCGAGGCAGCCAUGGCAUGAUUUACACUGCAAGAUUGAAGGUCCCGCUGCUUAUGAUGUCCUGCUAAACUUUGAGCAAAGAUGGAGAAAAGCUACAAGAUUUAGAGAAUUCAAAUUUAUUGCAAAAAGGAUGGCCCACAGGGAAGACGACGAUUCUUUGUUGAAAAUUGAUCGUAUCUCAUGGAUUGCUAGUCCGACCUAUCCUGCUCCGGUUAAUGGAGCUCACACAGUGGUUCCGGCCGAUGAUCCAUCAUUGUAUGUUUCCAGUGAAGUUGACCCUGAUAACUGGCAUGUGCAGAUAUUCAGGUCUAUAGAUUCUGGAUCUUUAAGAGGAUUCCCCAAAACUGUGGAUGUUGCGGAACAACAGAAUCUUAUCACUGCAAAAAGUAUGGUUAUAGAAAAAAGCAUUCAAAAUGCAUAUAUCCAAGCGAUCCGAUCAGCUCAGCAUUUCAUUUAUAUUGAAAAUCAAUAUUUUAUUGGCUCGUCAUAUGCAUGGUCAUACGAAAAUGCAGGAGCUGAUAACCUAAUCCCAAUGGAGUUGGCUCAGAAAAUAGCAAGCAAGAUUAGAAACAACGAGCGGUUUGCCGUUUAUGUUGUCAUACCAAUGUGGCCUGAGGGCGUCCCGACUUCUGCUACCGUGCAAGAGAUUCUCUAUUGGCAGAGUCAGACAAUGGAAAUGAUGUACGGUGUUGUUACAAAAGCAAUCAAGUCCAUGAAGCUAAAUGCUCACCCUCAAGACUAUUUAAAUUUCUACUGCCUUGGAAAACGGGAAGACAUGCCAUUUGAAAGCAAUCAAUCAUUUGCAGAUGAGAAGGUAUCAGAUUCACAAAAGUUCAAGAGGUUCAUGAUAUAUGUGCAUGCUAAAGGAAUGAUUGUGGAUGAUGAGUAUGUGAUUGUGGGUUCUGCCAAUAUUAAUCAAAGAUCUAUGGCUGGUUCAAAGGACACCGAAAUAGCCAUGGGUUCGUAUCAACCGCAUCACACCUGGGCUGCAAAGAAGCGACACCCACAUGGACAGGUCUACGGUUACAGAAUGUCAUUGUGGGCUGAGCACCUAGGGGUGCUAGAGAAAUGCUACGAGGAUCCAGACACUUUGGAAUGUGUGCAAAAAGUUAACACAAUAGCCGAAGAUAACUGGACAAGAUACACAAAAUUUAAUUACACAGCAUUGCAAGGUCAUCUUUUAAGGUAUCCAUUACAAGUAGAUGAUGAUGGGAAUGUGAAAUCCUUGUCCACAUAUGAGAAUUUCCCGGAUGUCGGAGGUAAAAUAUUGGGAGCCCAUUCACCCGCACUGCCCGAUAUUCUAACUACAUGAUUUCCGACUUAUUUAUUAUAAGUAUGUGUGUUUGCCAUUGUCAUGAAAUAAAACGUGUUGUAAAUUUGUGUAAAUAAUAUA